AUGUCUCCCGAAGGAAGCAGAGGAACGCGCACCUCGUGCGAGCACUGUCGGCAAAAGAAGGCAAGGUGCCAGUGGUCGUCGUUUCAAGAAGGGGCUCGAUGUGAUCGUUGCACAAAGUCUGGUCUGGUGUGUACGAAGACCCCGAUGCUACCAGUUGGCAGACCACGGCUGGCAAGGAGAAUCGCAUUGGCAAAAACAUCUCGCCCGUUGCAGCAGCAGCAGCAAGGAAUAGCGGAGGCGCAGAGUUUCCAAGCAGACAUCAGGCCGAGCUAUCCUACGGGCACGCAGUCGUCUCCAUCAGCCACAACUACGGAAGCAGCCGCGCCAGUUGAACGCUCAGACAUGGCCUCGGGGUAUGCAGAGCAAUCUUUCACGCCAGGACCAGGCGUGAAUGCUAAUAAAAAUGCCUUCAUACCAUCCGCAUGCCAGUCCGAUCUUCAUCUUCCUUUGCUACCACCAUCAAGACAACUCUUAGACUCCGAGCCGUUUCUCUGGAGCACCUUCAACGAUCAGCUUUCCCAGUGGCCACCGACAGAGGAUCUUGGAGUCUUCUUGGACCAGCUUGCAUCUAACAGCCCCAGUUACCUGGCUCUGGAAGGAAUCCAAGCAUGCCCGGCCCCCCACAAAUCGACAGACUACUACUUGGACCGCCUUGCCAGGUUGAAUGCCGCUCUUACCCGGAAAUUCACCGCCUCAGACAGCGCUGCUACCGCUGGAGGAAACCGACCAACAACAUGUCCCAUGGCUGGGCAGCUUCUGCGUUUCGCCCAAGAAUACCUGCAAAUCACCAGACACUUCAUGCUAGCUGUGCCACUGACGUUGGCACCGUCUUUGGCGACUGGGACCGUCACUACUGAAUCUGAGACUGACGACGACGACGAUGUUGUGUUCUGUUCCCUGGAUACUGAUGAUGAUGCACCUGGCUCAGAAAGCUCUGAUGCAUCCAGCAGCUUCAGCGCCCAGGACAGACCAACCAUGUCGUCAAUCGAAUAUCCAAUCAUGAUCGCGCUCAUUACAGCGUACUCGUCCCUCGUGCGCUUACACCGCAACUGGCUGCAGACGACUCUCUCUGCCCUUCAUACCCUCACUUUGAGACAGGAAGAGUUGUUCUCGAACGCUCCAUGUCGCCACAUGUUAGACGGAUAUCAAGGUGGUUAUGUCGGAAAUAUAGCGAACGCGAUUCUCCCGAGUGCUCUUCCCGGAGUUACCUUGGACGGGUUCUCCCUGUCGAGACAUCGCAGCCUGCAAAUCCAGAUUGUGUCGGAGAUUAGCUUGGAGCUUCUAUGGCGAGCUGAACGUAGUAUCGCGUGUUUAGCUGCUAGUACUGACGAUGCAAACCACCAACAACACCAGAGCUGGAAAGAAAAUCCACUUGGGGAAAGGCCGAGAGCUGUCAAAAGCGAUGAGGCCGGAAGCUACUCGAGUCUCCUACGCACAAUGCUGUCCCAAGAAGCCGCGACCACGUAUCGCUCCUCUACCUCAAAGGCAAAGACGACAACAAUGUCAACAAUAACCAAGUACUCGAUCGGCUGGAAAUCGUUAAAGAGCAUGGCCAAGCAGAUCAGGAAGGAAACGCGCCGAAACUUUUGCCUACAACUAGACGAAGGAAGCUUUUCCUCAGGCAUCGGAAACUUUGAUGAUCUUUGA